GGAGGAAAGAUGCAAAUGCAAACAAAAGAGUGAGCAGUGAUGCAUGCAGAGGCCAAUCAGACUCAAAGAGCAGAUGGUCAAACCAAAGAGCCGAACACUGUCAUGGAAGACACUGAGGUAUCAGAGAAAGAAAAUGAGUACCGGGGGAAACUCCUGAACCAGCGCUGGACGCGAGGAGACAAGAUCAGCCACUGCCGGCCCUCUCUCAGACUGCAGAGCCGACCAAUCAAAAUGAGUUUGGAUACUGAUGACAAGCGCACUCGCACACGGUCCAAAGCAGGAAGAGUUCCCUCAGAGAUUGUUGGACAGGAGCUGAGCUGCCCUACUCCAGGAUGCAAUGGCUCAGGCCAUAUCAGUGGCAAAUAUGCCCGACACAGAAGUGCUUUGAGUUGCCCAUUGGCCAGAAAAAGGCACCUACAGGAAGCAGAGUCAGAGCAACCUGCUUCCAAGAGGAAGUCUCACCCGCUGAAGCUGGCGAUGGAUGAAGGAUUCAAUGCGGAGAGUGAGGGGAGCGGAGAGGAGACAGAGUUGAGGGAAGAAGAGGAGGAGGAUGAAGAACAGGUGAAGCAGAAAGUUAGCGAUCAAGAACAUGAAGAAGAGGAGCAAGCGAAACAGAACACAGAGACCGCCAAUACAGAGGAGGAGGAUGGUGAUGAAGAGGAGUGCAUCAUCAUUGAGACGUCAUCCUCUGAGGAUCUCUCUAACUAUCAGCACAUAGUGGCCAACUCAAUGACGCACCUCAACAACCACAACAACGGUGCCAUGUCACCCCAACAACAACAACAACAGUCCAUCACAGUGGAAACACAAGAUAAAAGCCCUUUUAGGGAACCAGAAGAAGAAGAGAAAGAAGGAAAUGAAACAGAGGAAACAAGGAACCAAGUAGGAGUUCUGAUGUCUAAAGAGAAUGGAGUGAUGAAAGGUGAGAUUAAAGAUGAAGAAGAGGACAUGCACACUGAGAGCCAGAGGGAGUCAGACCACCAGUAUUUUACUGAGGAGAUGGAGACACAACAUGCUGAAGAAGAAGAAGAUGAUGAUGAUGAUGAUGAUGAUGAUGAGGUGUUGAGGUCUGAGAUUAAAAGAGAAGAGCCAUACAAGGAAGUUCAGUCUGAAGAGGAAGGGGAGAGAGAAACCACCCCUUCGGUUAUCACUGCCGCUCAGGGAUCUCACGCAAGGGAAGACUAUGUUUCCCACAAACUUACAUUGCCAGAAAGCUACAGCUCUAGUAAGGCCGCCACAUCAUCUCAUGUGGUUAUCGAAGUGCAGUCUGAGGAGUCAGAGAGGGAUGCUGACUUGGAAGGUAACGAUGACGAUGACGAUGGCGAUGACGACAGCUUGUCUCAACGAUCAACGGUUGCGGACGAGUCUGAGAUGUUUGACAUAAUGCGGGGGAACUUGGGCUUGCUGGAGCAGGCCAUUGCUUUGAAAGCCCAACAGGUCAAAGCUCAUCGUGAGCUCAGCCGCAUUCCCGAACACCACCGCUUCUUUCCUCUCAACGACCGAUCAGGCAAACACAUGGAACAUAUCCGCAAGAGCUGCUUCGGAAAAGAAAAUGCUCUCUCUCUCUCUCCCAUUUACUCUUUUACCGGCUAUUUAUCUGUGGGACUUUUCCUUCCUUUUUCUUUUUUGCUGUAUCUUUGGCUCAUUGUCAGUCUUUCAAUUCCGCUUCUCUUCUGCUGUCUAAUUCCAGCCCACUCUUUCACUCUUGAUCUUUUAUGCUCACUUACACUUAUCCUUUUAUGCUUCUUUUUUCUUCACUGCAGGGAUAUUGAUUCUUUUGUGGAGGAAAAAAAUGAUGGAACCUUCUCUCUCUCGCUCGCUACCCAUUUUUGCAGGCCCAUGUGUUUUGUGAAGCAGUUGGAGAUUCCUCCGCACGGCAGCUACAGGCCCAGCCUCGUCCCCGCCACACCACGCGCUAAUCUGGCCAAGGAGCUGGAGAAGUACUCCAAGGUGUCCUUCGAUUAUGCAAGCUUCGACGUGCAGGUGUUUGGCAAGCGCAUGCUCGCCCCAAAGAUGCACACCAGCGAAACUUCACCCAAAGCCUUCAAAUCCAAACCUCCAUUCCCCAGGGCCUCCCCCCCAAGUCCCAGCUUGCACAGUGGUUAUGGAAAAAGCUCCUCCAGCGGCUAUGAUUAUUCCCAUGAUGCCGAAGCUGCUCACAUGGCCGCCACUGCAAUCCUCAACCUGUCCACACGCUGCUGGGAGAGACCAGAGAACCUCAGCAUCAGACACCAAGAUAAGAGUAUGGAAAUUGAGGUGGAUGAGAAUGGCACCUUGGACUUAAGCAUGAAGAAGCCUAUAAAGAGAGAAAUGGGCAUGUCUUGCGCCAGCCCUGAAGUGCGUUCCCCUGAUCUGUCUUCAUCAUCUUCAUCAUCAUCCACAUCUUUUCACCAUGGCAACAGCAGCAUCUCACCCCACUCUUUACACACCCAUAAACAAGAGGAGUGGGAGGGGCCUCUGGACUACACCAAACCCAAUCGGCAGAGAGAAGAGGAGCUAGAAGAGAUGGACCACAGCACUCAGUCAUUUACCUCUUCCGACCCGGAGGAUUGCGACAUGAUGCAUGACAGCCUUGAGGACAGGAAGUACCCCGGAGAGGUCACAACCCCCAGCUUUAAGGUCAGGUUCCAGCCCAAGGACAACAAGAAAGAAAUCCUACUGUGUCCCACUCCGGGCUGUGACGGCAGCGGACACAUCACCGGAAACUAUGCAUCGCAUCGCAGCCUGUCUGGGUGUCCUCUCGCUGAUAAGAGUCUUCGGUCCCUCAUGGCAGCCCACACAGCCGAUCUCAAAUGUCCAACUCCAGGAUGUGAUGGUUCAGGCCAUAUCACUGGUAACUACGCGUCUCACAGAAGUUUGUCUGGGUGUCCACGGGCCAAGAAAGGUGGAAUAAAAACAACUCCCAUCAAGGACGACAAGGAGGACUCCGAGCUCUUAAAAUGCCCAGUGCCGGGUUGUGACAGCCUGGGUCACAUCAGCGGGAAGUAUGCCACUCACCGCAGUGCGUAUGGAUGCCCGUUGGCGGCCAGGCGGCAGAAGGAGGGUUUGCUGAACGGGUCUCCAUUCUCAUGGAAGGCCUUUAAGACAGAAGGCCCAGCCUGUCCCACACCAGGAUGUGACGGAUCGGGACACGCCAACGGCAGCUUCCUCACACACCGCAGUCUCUCAGGCUGCCCCAGCGCCUCCCUUAACAAGAAGAAAGCCAAGUUCCCUGGAGAAGAGUAUCUCAGCACUAAGUUCAGAGCCAGUGACGUGUUAGACAAUGAUGAAGACAUCAAGCAACUCAAUAAAGAAAUCAACGAGCUCAAUGAAUCCAACAAUGAGAUGGAGGCAGAUAUGGUCAACCUUCAAACACAGAUUACAUCCAUGGAGAAGAACCUGGAAAACAUCGAGCAGGAGAAUAAGAUUAUUGAAGAACAGAAUGAGGCAUUGUUUAUGGAGCUGUCUGGACUCAGUCAAGCUCUUAUGCGGAGUUUGGCCAACAUCCGUCUGCCUCACAUGCAGGAGCCAAUCACAGAACAGAAUUUUGAGAGCUACGUGAGCACCCUGACCGACAUGUACACCAAUAAGGACUGCUACCAGAACCCAGAGAACAAGGCCCUUCUGGAGACCAUCAACAAGGCGGUGAAAGGCAUUAAGGUCUGACUAAGCCAAAAGACGAGGAUGAGAAGCAGAAGCGUGGAAGAAAAAUAGAAACAUGGAGCCAUUGAGAAGAUUAUACAAAUGAAACACAAAAAGGGCAUUCAGGUUUUUUUGAACAACAAUCUAAACCUUCAUCCCAGGGAGCAUUCUGUGAGUUCAAAAAGAGGUAUAUAAUAUAUAUUACUAUGAGGACCAAAAUCCACAAAUGCUGCUGGAUUGGAAGGUGAAGAUGGAGCCAAAUCCUUUAUUUACGGAGGAAAGGAGAGACACAAACAUAGUUUUCUUUACAGUUUUUGUUGUUUUACAUUCAAACAGUGGGAAGUUUUGGAAGAAGAGGAAGCUGGGAGUAGAACUUCCAGAAAAUGUGCAGCUCAGGCUUUAGGCGAAAGAGAGUCUUUUACUCAUUUGUGAGAACGCUGCUCCUCUGAAAACAACAAAAGUGACGCUCCAAAUACAAGUGAUCCCUACGUGAGUCCCAGCAGAACAGACAUAUGCAGUGUUUGCUCGUCUUUCAUUCUUUUCCAGAAGAAAACCGAAGCAUUUUUGGGUCGUGGGGAAAUUAGAGAAUGUUGUACUAGCAUACAAAGUGAGCGAAAAGCGUGUGCAACCUUAUCAGUGCCAUGCAGUUGACUCUGUAAAUUUCACCCUGUUGAAACACUAAUUUAUCUCGGCAGCCAUUUUUUUGUUUAUUGGUUUGUUUUGUUUUAGAGAUACAGGCAGGAGUAUUAGCUUGCUCUCGUUUAUUUGUAGUACUUACACUGUAGGAAUAUUUACCCAGCGUAGUCAUAUCUCUUACAUAUGAACAAUGAGUUGCACUUCGUUUCAGUCCAUUCAACAUCAGACAAGAUGUUGGGUUGUCACUGAUCUAUAAAUUAUACGAAACUUGUCCAGACACUACUGUAAUUUAUUUAUAUUUUGUUAUAAUUUAAUUUUAACUGUAUUAUUUAUUUGAAUUCACCUAUUUAAAUAUUCACAGUCCUUCUGUUUAUAAAAGGUCAUGAAAAUGUGACAAGAAACUUGCCACAUCAAUAUUUGGAAAGAGAAAAAGAAAUGUACCACUAAUUUUUAUAACUUCUUUUCAUUUGACAAUAGAGUUUUAAAACAUUUUUUUAAGUGCAAAUAUUUUU